UUUAGCAGGUGGGAUCGCUGGACCCCAUCAUCCCCCCACCCCCACCCCUGCAUGCUUCCCUCUCCCUCUCCCUCUCUCUCCCUCCCUGUUUCUCUCUCCCACUUGCUCCUCAUCACUCCGUCCAUUAUUAUUCAUUUCUGUGUAUGGGCAAGGAGGGCUAACAUGGACUCUUUGGGUCUUUUUAUCCUUCUAAUGCUUCAGUGUUUCCAGUGGACAGCUGCACAUGCUGCUGAGGAUAUUACUUGGACCUACAAAGGCAUGGUAGGUCAAACUGAGUGGUCAGAGUAUUUCCUGGACUGUGGAGGCACCUCUCAGUCCCCUGUCGACGUGGUAACCACACAGACUAAAUAUGACCCCAGUUUGAUCCCGUUGACCCCCUUGGGCUACGACCAGCACGGAAACAGUCCUUUCACUCUGUACAAUAACGGACACACAGCUGUGAUUGACCUGCCAGAGUGGAUGGGUAUCGGCGGGCUUCCGUGGUUCUUCACAGCAGUGCAAUUACACCUCCACUGGGGCAGCGGCGGGCCGAGCCACGGGGGCAGUGAACACACUAUCAAUGGACAGAGUGCAGAUGCAGAGCUCCACGUGGUUCACUACAACUCCGAGCUCUACCCCAACAUGUCCACAGCCAUGACGAAGAGAGACGGCCUAGCUGUGUUAGGAAUUCUCAUUGUGACAGGUGAGGAGACCAACCCGGCGUUUAACAACGUCCUCAACUAUUUGAGCCGCAUCAGACACGCAGACCAGAAGGCUUACAUCCCAGCUUUUGACAUCAAGUCUCUACUCCCGAGUGAUCUGGGACGCUACUAUCGCUACAAUGGCUCCCUAACAACACCCCCGUGCUACCAGAGCGUCAUCUGGUCCGUGUUCCAUGAAAGAGUUCAAAUCUCAAAGGCACAGCUGCUGAGGAUGGAGACGUUACUUUACUCGAGUAAAUCUGAAGAGCCGGACAGGAUGCUGCUGCAGGACAACUACAGAGCAACACAGCCGCUCAACCACAGGGUCGUCUUUGCCUCCUUCUCUGCAGAAUCAGGGAGGGAGCUCUCUUCUGGUGAAGUCACAGCUAUAGUAAUAGGAGUGAUGUGUGGCUGCGUAGGUCUGGCAGUGAUCGUACGUUUCAUCGUGAAGACGAUACGGAUAAAGGAGCCCGAGAAAGCGAAAGAAAUAAAACAAGACACGGCUCUGAACUCGACAGCUGCAGGGGAAAAGAAAGAAGAGCCGUCACUGUCCCUUCAAACAGACCCUUAAGAUGACAGCACCGUGAAACUCAGCUGCUCUUGUCGAGACACUCGCAAACACUUUUUAUCAAUGAUACACCAGUUGGGGGGGAAAUAGACAAGUUCUCACUUUUAAGUUACACAAGGAAAAAAAACAUUCAUAGAAUGUGAAGUAAAGUGGACACAGGAGGAAUACUCCCACUGCCUGAAACAGAUAUCUCCUUUUGUUUUUUCAACCUGAAUUCAAAGAUGUUUGCAUUCUUGGAAGCAUCUUUCUUUCUGUUCGCACAGACGCACUUGGUUUAAGUAUGUUGGUUUGUUGGUUCUGAGUCAUAUGUUUGCUUGGGAGUCAUGAGAGGUUGAUGUAAAUGCUCUGUUGAAUAUGUUUUUCUUUGUUUCACCUGGUCGACUGUUCUAUCUUAUUCCUGCCUUGAAACACAAGCACACUGCACUGUAUGAAAUCUCAUAGACUUAUGAAAUGUUUACCUAUGAUUUCAUAUCCAAUGUAAAAAAUAUUAUGUUGUUUUGCACCAGUUUUAGAGCACUGACACAAAUUGUACAAUUCUGUAAUUAAAACACACUGGAGGCGUGACCAAUGACUGCCUUAGGGGAUUUAUUAUGUGUAAUGUAUAAACUGGAAAUUACAGCUCUAGAGCCAGUUUGGCAUGUCAUGUUGUAAAUGAAGUCAUAUUUAUGUAAAUGUGUUUAUUCUACUUGAAAAGUGAUUCUUCAUUUCAAAUAUCAUGUUUAUCUGAUAGAUUUUUUUUUGCUGUAUAUAACUUGUCAAA